AGAAUGCUGAUAGACCUCAGGUCAUGUCAUAUGUCAAGAUAAUAUAACUUGUAAGCAGAAAUCUGAUAUUUGUAUGGUCAUUCCAUUCGAGAAACUACACAAAACGUUCUAAGUGUGACAUUUUAAUUUAUCGAUAAAAGCGAUAAUUAUUAAAUCAGUUGAACAUAUGGAAAGCCACAAAAUAACGGCUUUUAUUAUAACUGGACAACCAGGAAUCGGGAAGACAACGUUGGUUCGCAAAAUAUGCAGCAAAUUGAGUGAAUAUUGCACACUGAAGGGAUUUUACACUGAAGAGGUCCGAGUGUCUGGCCAGCGAAUUGGUUUCGAUGUGGUUUCUUUGAGUGGUGCACGUGGAAUUUUAGCAAGGGAGAACCCGGGAGAUAACAUACGUCGGCCCAAGGUGGGCAAAUAUGCUGUUUUCGUCUCGGAUUUGGAGAAUAUGACAUUGCCACUUUUAGAAUUUGCAUCACCUUCGGCUUCACUUCUCACGCCACAACAGCUGAUCAUUAUUGACGAAAUUGGAAAAAUGGAAUUGUUAAGCAAACGCUUUGAAACUGCCAUUAAGAAACUACGUGACCAGAAUCAACCCAUCUUAGCAACAAUACCCUUACAAACACGUCAACCUAUUCCGAUUGUCGAAGAUAUUAGAAAAGCGUCCGAUUCGAUCGUUUUUCAUGUAACCAAAAACAAUCGGGAUACUAUGGUCAAUGAAAUUGUAGGAUAUAUUGUUAAAACGCUGUUUAAAGGAAAGUGACUGCAG